UUAUCUGUUAAAGUGUGAGUUCGAAUUUACAAACGUUUUUAUGACAUAGAAAAAUUGUGUACAACGUAAAACAGAAGUUGCCAGAACCCUGCCAGAAGUCUUUGCCGGCAACAUGACACUGGACAAGAUUGAAGUGAAAAAUGGACAGAAAGUACUGAUUUUGUGGUCAGGAAGCCAGCCACCUUCAAGUUUCAAAAAUGUUAUUGAAUCACUUAAUACACUUGUAGGAGAUGCUGGCAAAGUACAACCAGAGCAUAUUGAAAGAUUGGCAAUAUCGUCUCACCCUGAUUCUGUGUUUGAUGUUGUGGUGUCAGGACUACUACAGCCAUCCAGUGCUCUACACGACACCAAUAGUCUGGGAGAGAUCUGCCGCAUCCUCAAGCCAAAAGGAACAUUUUUUAUCUUUGAACCAACUGUUUCCUCUGAAAUAACAGAUUCUAAAGUUCGAACAACUGAAAAGCUAUGUUCUGCCUUAAAACUGUCUGGCUUCGUUAAUAUAUCAGAGCCAGUGACUUUAGAGUUGACGAAUGAAGACAAACAGAGCCUGCAGUCAAAUUUACAGUUACCUGAAAGUAACAUCACAAUAACACACUGUACAUGUUUCAAGCCUGGAUAUGAAGUUGGUUCCUCUUCACAACUUAAAAUUUCUUUUGGAAAAAAGAAAGUUGAACAUAAAGUGGAUGAAAAUGUAGCAAAGGUGUGGACACUGUCGAGUAUGGACAUGGUGGAUGAGGAUAUGGAGAUGGUAAAUGAUGAUGACUUGUUGGACGCAGAUGAUUUGAAGAAGCCAGACCCAGCUUCUCUGAAAGCUGACUGUGGGGGAAAAGCUAAGAAGAAGGCAUGUAAGAACUGCUCCUGUGGUCUGGCAGAGGAACUGGCGGGCGAGGCACCGAAACCUAAAACAGCCACCUCCGCCUGUGGAAGCUGUUACCUUGGAGAUGCUUUCCGUUGUGCCAGCUGUCCUUACCUAGGAAUGCCAGCGUUUAAACCAGGGGAGAAGGUGAUGCUGAGUGAACGACAACUGAAGGCAGACGCUUGACCUUAGUUCAAUGUCCUGAGAAUAACAUAUGAAUAUUUAGAACAUUGUAUCCUUGGACAAUAUGAUUGUGUUGGUGAUUGUACUGGGCUCCAUUAUUAGUAAAGGUCAUGUGUUGAUGUAAACAGAGUUCAUGAAGUUGAAGUAAUCUUUUUGAUUUAUCUCCCCUUGAGUUUAUAAUCCUCAACAAACAAAAUAAAUAGAGCCCUGAAAAUAUUACAAAAGCAAACUGUCAUCAGGUAUUUAGUUUAAAAAAAGGGCAAACUUUAAGUAGAAUUUAAUUACAGGAAUGAAUAUUAUAGAUUAAUUCAGUGUCUGAAAUUACAAAAUAUGCUGUUUUAUAUAUAAGACAUACUGUUAGAUAGCAGAACAUGUCAUUAGCUGUUGUAAAUGUAUUGUAAAUCAUUCGUGUGUGAUUUAAAAUUAUUAUCAGACAUAAAAAAGAUAAUGUGUUUGGAGGAAAUAUUUCCUUCAAAACAUUGUACCAGUAUAUGAAAGUGAAAUUUGAUCAAUUUUCUGUGAGAAGUUUGUGGUUGUAAUUUGGGAAACAACCUGAUGAAAGAUCAGAAACAUUUAUGUCUGUUCAAACAGAAUCAAUAGAGAUUACUAUAUCAUUAUUGGCUUGGUCAGCCUGACAAAAAGUUAUUAGAGGCAGUAGAUCCUUUGUUGUAUCUCUGUUAGUGACAGAUGGAAUCUUACAGAUCUAGGGCCAUCAUUCUCAUGCUCAGUCAGAUUCCUUGCCAGAAUUAUUAAAAAA